AUGUCGUUUUGGCUCCCUCAGAACCUCCAAAAGAGGCUGCUUCUAUAUGCGGUACAGCAGGUAUCGGUGUUAUCGAAUGUCGAUUUGUCCAAUCUACAUGUUUCGUUAGGAUCGAGCUCUCAGUUUACGUUUGAUGACUUAGAGUUGGCUGUUGAUUCGAUGAAUGUGCCUGGAUUUGAAGUAAAAAGUGGUACUAUUGAUCACCUUGAUCUACAAUUGACUGUAUCUGGCGGAGUGGGGAUAAAAGGCAGAGGGUUACUGUUCGAGUUAAAGCCAAAACUAUCAGAACAAGGGUCGCCAUUUUCAUUGGCCAAGAGUAUCCAGGAUUUAACAAAUUCUAUCAUACAGCUUCCCGAUGUUUCAACAGAGAUGAGUGGCCCAAAUGAUUUGCCAGAAGGAAUCACUGCCAGCAGCAGUAGCGCGAGUAGCAGUGGAGAAGAUGACGGUGCGCAUACUGUAGGGAAAUUGGAAAGUAUGAGGAAUAAGCUGUUGAAUGUUGCGCUUUCGCAGCUGACGAUUACUUUUGACGAUAUAAAAGCUAGACUUUUUCUUGAAGAUCAUACAGUUAUUGAGUUAAGUUUGGGCACCAUUGAUUUCCAGACAGAGAGAACCUCUUUGCGGAGAGUGUCAAUAACUGAUUUCCGCGCUUCUCAAUUCAAGCGUGAAGAUACUAAGGACGAGGUACACAGCGACGCGGAUGAUAUGGCUGGUAGCAAAUUGAUUCAGCCACAUAUCGAGGCUUCUUCACUUUAUAUGAGUGCCAUGGAGGAUUCAAAGAUGGACCCUUCAAAAGCGGUAGAACCGAAGGGAGAGGAGCCGGUACUGCUUGACAUGAUUCUACUGGAUCACUUAAAUAUAACUUUCGAAGGCCUUUCUUCCAUCGAUGAUCUCAGCGUGAGAAACUUUGCCAUCAAAUCUAAAGUACUUGAUUUGAAAUUGCACAAUGUUUUGGAUUUGAAUGAUUUUGUCUUUGAAUUAUUAAUACAAGCAAUACAACGUUACGACCAAGAUGGUGCAUCGCAAACGACUUCUUUACCGGGCUACAAGAGGUUUCAGAAGGAACAACAAGCCACAUCAGAAAUGCUUGAUCUUUGUUCAAUCGAGCUGGGGCAGAUAAAUGUGGAGCUUUCAGAUAUCGUGAGUUUUUCAUUGAAAGACGUGAGCUUAGAAUUACACGCAAAUGGGGUACAAUCUUUUUCGGUCAACGCAAUCGAGCUAAAUGGUGAACUAAUGUCGCCUGCAUCCGCAUCUGCUCCUAUAAUACGUGGAAAGUUAACAAGCCAAGAGCUUGUAAUAGCCGUGCUGCAUUCAACAUGUUUGAAAUUAAAUAUACAGAUAUUGAAAACUUUGACGUCCACAUUUAGGCGUACACAGGAGGUGUUUUCCUUAAUGGUAGAGAAGCAUGUAGUCAAAAGACAUUCAAAGGUAAGGGAUCACAAUCAGACCAAAAUCACAGUUCAAUCCGAGCCGCUCUCCGUUUCCCUGAUCUUAGACAAUUAUAUUUUGUUGAUGAAUACAGGUCCGGUAACCAGUGAUUUGACUACAAAUAUUUUUGAGACAAAAUCGAUUAGAAUAGAACGGCAUACAAGCAAUGAGAAGAACACUCUGAUAGAUUGCAGAGAAAUCUCGAUUGUAGGUUCCAGAUCAAGGGUCCAGAUCAACUCAUAUGACGAGAGCUUCAAGGAUGCAUUACUUACUAGUAAGUUUGUAUGCAAGGUCAAUGAGAUUAUCUUCGAAGAAGAUCACAAAGUUUUGCAGAGUAUUUUUUCUGAUCUCAGCAAACUUACUGACGUCUUCAUGGAAGAUUCUAAUGAACACAAGGAAGCAUCCAGGAAAAUGAGUAUGAAGAAGAGUGUACGAAUUUUGCAGUCCUCGAGUGUUUUGUACAGACAUACCGAACUUGCAGCGUUCGCACUCAUAAUAGAUUCGAUUGAAGUUACAGUGAGGAAUUUCAUAAAAAGAGAGUUUGGAAGUUUACAGCUGACCGCCGGUAACAUUUUACUCGCAAUGACGGAGGACGAUGGUGUUAUCUCCUUCUGCAAGAAGCUCUCAUGUAGAAGAGUGACAUCUAGUACGUCUGAAAUAUUUAUUGAGCCAAUAAGGUUGAAUAACGAAGAAAGACCGUUAAUCUUUUUUUACAGGAAAAGUGGUGGUAAAAUCAAAGUGAGGGUCAAGAAUCUGUCCUUUUGUUACUAUGCAAAAUGGCUGUGGGUUCUGCGAACAACGGAAACCGGGGCGAAAUCAGAAAACACUGAAGAAAUAAUAUCUGAGCAACCCUGGGAAUUGAAGUUAAUUGACUGCUCAAUCAUUCUUCGUCCGUCCAGGUUAAACGCUGCCCUAGCUGUGGUAAUUGAUAAUUUGACAUGUUCAGCAAAGAGCUUCAAGCCGCAGAUGAAGAGCAUCGUGAAAAGUGGAUCGCUAAUGCUAAUUGAUGAUUUUUGCAAUAUCAAAUCGCCGUCGGAAAGGUGCUGGCCAUCGCUCCCUUCACUUUAUGCACAUCAAGGAUUCUCGGCUAUUGGAAGGUUUGAAACACUUAAUGCUAGAAUCAAUGAGGCCAAUUCAGUCGUUUCGCUGAAGGUAGCGUUGCAAACUAUUGGUUUGUCGCUUUGUGCAGAUUCGGCGCACACAUUAACUCAACUUUGCAUAGAUCUCAAAUAUCCGCUCACGUUCCCAGAUAACGAGAAAUACAACUACAACGAGGCGGGGCCCGUUGAUGUCUUUCAGUCUGUUGAUCCAGAUUUUUUCAAUUCUUUGCACAUACAGGAAGAAUCCCGAUUCCACGGUGACGAUGACAUAGUUAAUAUUGAUGAUGCUCAUGAGUGGGAUGCUGAUGAGCUCAGCGUUGGGCACUCCUCCUACGACUCAAAUAGUCCAAAGAUAGAAGUGCAGGAGGCUUAUUUAGAUCUGGCACAAGAGCUAAGAGCGACUCCUCCUCAUGAGGAUAUGCCUUCCAUAGAUAUAAGGUUUGGAUUGGAGGUUGAGAGAGUGGUGUUCAAGCUGUUCGAUGGUUACGACUGGAAAUUCACAAGAAAAUCGAUAUCACGGACAAUUGAUCAGGUAGAUCAAGAGAUCAAAGCGUUUGGGGAAGAACCAUCUAACGCAAGUGGCCAAUUGGGCAUGACAGUAUUUGAUUCAAUUUAUGUUUCUGCUAACGCGACAGAUACGGUUGGUUUGAAGAAGCGGGUCAAUGAUGAAAUCCAGGGCGAAGUCAGAUCUUCAGUUUAUGUGAGGAAAGCUAACUUGCAUCCUUCCCGUCACUAUAAAGUAGCAAUACAGCUUGAAAAGGUUGGCCUCAAAUUCACUGGAUUCGCUUUGGAGCAAACUCAAAUAGAUAAAGACCAUACCAAUCCUGAUCAAGUUAAUAUGGCCGACCUUUCAAUUAAGCGGUUUGAGAUCAUAGACAACGUCCCUACUUCAACUUGGAACAAAUUCCUUACAUUGUUGAGACACGGACAAUGGCCACUGGACCGACCCAUGUUACAUCUCAGCCUUGCCACUUUUCGUCCUAUGAGCUGCUUGAUGGCAACUGAACUUACUCUGAAUGUGGAAGUAGCCCCUCUGCGCCUUCAUGUCGAUCAAGAUGCUUUAGACUUCUUGGUCAAAUUUGGUGAGUUCAAGGACAAUAGAUUUGAAUUGAUUGACGAGUUCCCCGAUAUUCCUUUCAUUCAAAAGCUGACUACAAAUUCAGUCAAGCUAAAACUUGAUUACAAACCAAAGAAAGUCGAUUACUCAGGCUUAAGGUCAGGACACGCUAGUGAACUAAUGAACUUUUUCAUCCUUGACGGUUCAAACAUAACCCUGAAAGGCCUGGAACUGUAUGGAAUCAAUGGUUUCCCAGAGCUGAACACGGCGCUGAAGGCAAUAUGGACACCUGAUAUUACUUCGAAGCAGAUUCCUGGUGUCUUGGAGGGCUUUGCUCCUAUGAAAUCGUUGCUCGCUCUGGGCUCAGGUGUAAAGGCACUGGUCAGCGAGCCAUCGGCUGAGCUCAAGGAGGACCGACGUUUAAGAAGAGACCUCAAAAGGGGAUGUAACGUCUUCGUGAGGACUACGACAGGUGAUUUUGUUAGACUUGGAGCCAAACUCGCGUCAGGUACGCAAACUGUGCUUGAAAACGCAGAGCAGAUGUUAGGUGGUGACGGUUCCAAUGGAAGGAUAUACAAGACGGAAGAACCAGCAUUAGACAUGAAUCAUCUUUUGGAAGAAGAUCAACUGGUUGGUGGAAGUAAUCCGCGAGUGAAAGGUCAGCAGCCAGCUGCACUAGUGUUAGAUCCCUCCAAAGGCGACGAAGGCGAGCCCAAGAUAGUCAGUCUUUACGCAGACCAACCAUUGGAUAUCCAUAAAGGUCUCGAAGAGGCUUACAACUCACUCGAAAAGCAUAUGCACGUAGUGUACGAUGUUGUAUGGAAAACCAAAGGAGAAUUAAGAGACAAUAAGGCAGGUGCGGCCGCCGCUGCUGUAUCGGUAGCCAAAGUAGCUCCGGUUGCAAUUAUUAGACCGCUAAUUGGAGCUACAGAAGCCGUAGCAAAGGCUUUGCAAGGUAUUUCUAAUCAGUUCGAUAAAGAGCAGAUCGACGACAUCAGUGACAAAUACAAGUCCCUGAAGUACAAAAGGUAA